UUACAAGCAGGUAAUACAUUGUUGGAUGUGGCCCUACAAGUGCUAUGCUUCAAACUGAAGACUGGCGAAGCUUCAAUCAUCAGGAAUGACCAGAAGAAAUUUCACCAUGUUUAUAAUGGAAGCGGUGAAAUGGCUUGCCUGCUUUAUAACUAUAUCAACAUGUGCGGCAAGUCAAUACGACAGCGGGAGCGACAAAAAUGGUUUAGCAGACUUAAUGGAAAACAGCACAGUGCGUCUAGAACCUAUUGAAGGCACACCAAAUUAUAGACUUAUUAAACCAGAGAAAGGUACACAGUGGUUUCCAGAAAGGGAAAUCAAACUCGACAGUUGUGUGCGAAAAUCGCGAUGUGAACCUCUAAACAGAACAACUUGUUUGGGUGUAAAACUGCCAUAUAAUAAAACGAGCAUCCGCCUAACAUUUUAUGACACACAGUACAAAAUACAAAACCAGCUAGAACUGUAUAGAGAACUUAUAAAUGUACCAAAGUGUUGGGCCGUUAUACAACCAUUGUUGUGUGCAACCUUUAUGCCAAAUUGUGAGAAAAUUAACGGUCACGACAUGGUUUACUUGCCUUCUUAUGAAAUGUGCAAGAUCACUAUGGAACCAUGCGCAAUAUUAUACAAUACCUCAUAUUUUCCGUCCUUUUUAAAAUGCAACGCUACGUUAUUUCCGCCAAGAUGUGAUAAUGCAGCUAGAGAAAUGAAGUUUAACACAACUGGCAAAUGCCUCGCGCCACUUAUACAUACGGACAAACACAUGCAUUUUUAUGAAGGUAUAUCAGGAUGUGGUUUGCCGUGCAGGGAUCCCCUGUACACGGAAGACGAACACCAACAAAUACACCGUCUGGUAGCGUGGGGUGCGUCUGUAUGCCUCGCCCUGAACCUGCUUACCGUAGCCACUUUCCUCAUAGAUUGGCGCAGUGCUAAUAAAUAUCCUGCCCUGGUUAUAUUUUAUAUCAACGUGUGUUUCGCUGUUGCGUCCAUGGGGUGGUUGGUGCAAUUCGGCGUUGGGUCCCGUGACGACAUAGUUUGCUCAAAAGAUGGCACGCGGCGUCAAGGAGAGCCGUCCGCUGAAGAGAAUCUAUCUUGCGUCGUGGUAUUCGUAUUGGUAUAUUAUUUCAUGAUGGCAGCUUGUGUGUGGUUCGUGAUAUUUACUUACGCGUGGCAUAUGAGCUUUCGUGCAUUAGGCAAAAUCCAAGACAGAAUAGACAAAAAAGCGGCAUAUUUCCACCUAGUGGCUUGGUCUCUGCCGCUCAUUCUGACCAUCACUACCAUGGCAUUCGGUGAAGUGGACGGUAGCAGUAUAACCGGUGUAUGCUUUGUCGGUUACGUGAACCAUCCAAUGCGGGCUGCGUUGUUGUUGGCGCCUCUGUCCGUGGUACUUGUGCUUGGAGGAUACUUUCUGCUUAGAGGUGUAUUCUCACUAAUAGCGGUGCGCGUAUCUAGCAGGGACGUGAUAUCACCGCGCGCCGCAAACAAGAUCCGCCAGACGAUUACACGGUGUUCGCUCACGGCCACUCUAGUGGCGGUCUUCAUUUGCGUCACCGUCGCCUGUCACGUGUACGAGUUUAGGAACGCGGACUCGUGGAAGGAGUCGUUCAAGAAUAAUAUCAUAUGUCGUCUCGAAGCGCUAAAGGAGCCAGAGCGCGAGUGCUGGAAUGGAGCCCGUCCAUCAGUAUCAGUACUGCAGUUGAGGCUAUUGUGCUGCUUCGCUGCCGGCGCGCUGAUGGCCUCCUGGACCUGGACACCGGCAGCCGCUGCUGCGUGGAGACGGUAUAUGGCCAAAAAGUGCGGUUGCUCGGUGGAGGCGGAGAUGACGCGUCGCGCGCGCAAGCACGAGCUGAUCGCGCGCGCGUACCGGCGCCGCAACGAGUUCAUGACGCGCGGCCGCCUGUCCAUCUCGCUGGGCGGCUCGCGGCAGGACCCCGUCGGCCUCUGCCUCGACCACACCGCGCCGAUCGACUGCCCGGACGACGCCAAGCACGAGAGUUUGAAUUGUUUCAGUGGGGAGCUGUCGUCGUCGUGGGCGGCGAAUCUGCCGAGGUUCGUGCGAAGACGCGACGCGCUAGUACUGCCGGCGCACACGCAUCACUCGCUCAGCUCCACGCCCGACCGCAGAAACUCUCAAGACUCACAAAUCAGCAUCAGCCUCCGCCACGUGUCCGUCGAAUCUCGUAGAAACUCCUUGGAUAGCCAAUUGUCUGUAAAAAUCGCAGAAAUGAAGACGAAAGUGGGCCGACGUCGAACUAAACACGGCAAGACAAAACGUAAGACGCGCGCCAGUGCACGCAAAGAGAGCACGCCGUCGAUAGAAAGCCAAAUAAGUCGUUAUUGGCUGCAAGCGGUCGCGGGCAAUAAUGAUCCCUCGCGGGAAGAGGUAAAGUUCAGUUUUGAUUGAAUGUGAUAUUGUGACCAAGUACAAAACUAUAUUAUAUGACUUGUAUCUCGUUUUAGACUAGUUUAUCAGGAAGUUUUAUACAUAUUUUUGGUGGUAUUAGAAUCUCGACAAACACUAUCUGUUACAAGAACAAUUAUCUGUUACCAAAUACAUAUCUUAUUGAUAGUUUAUGCAUUUGAAACUCGAAAUAUUCAUGCAUAUUUUUAUAGAAUCGUCCAUUAUCAUUUUUAUCAUAUUUUAAGAUCAGAUUUAUAUUUUUAAGACUGACUUUGAAUCUCUAGUUUAAAAUUUCCUACUUAUAUUGGACAAUAAAAUAUCCAUGACAGAAAGAAACAUAUUUUGUAAAUAUAAAUGUGCCAUAAGCGGCAGUAUAAUAUGUAAGUCUGUACAGUGACUGAUUAAUUAAUUGUUCGAUGCGUAUUUUAAGGCUAAUUGUAAUUAUUUGGAGCAUUGAGAUUGAAUAUUUUUGUAGCUGACAUUUUAUAUGGCAUUUAUUGGAUUUUACAUAAAUAGUGAAAACCGGUUGUGAUACAUGUUUGUAUUAAUUUCAUAGUGACGCUAAUAAAAGCCAAUGAUCUUGAUGUGCUGGCUAACAAGAAAUGCAAGUAACAUUUUAUAUUUGUAUUUCGCGGCAUUAAACGAUUUCGUUUAAUAUAUUAUAUUAUUAAUUAAUGUAUUAUAAGUCUGUGCUAGCUUUAACUUUUACAUCCAUAUUGUUUUAUUACCAAUUAAGUUACUUUGUACAAUAAAUAUUUACUGCGAA